UCGCGGAGUUUACACUGCGUGACUGUGUUGCGGCGUGCGGUGAACGGUGUUGUUGCGGAACGCAUGUUUUUUAACAUUUGGUGCUUUUAUGGGAUGCAAAUACAGAAACUUCAACAAAGAGACUGGAUGACAUCUGGAAAACAUGUAGUCAUGUAUUAUCCUUGACAGAUUGACAAGCUAUAUAUACGCGGACUAAUCGCGCCUCGCAAUCGAAUCGCACCUGCAGGGACGACAAAAGACGGAUCUGUUUGAUUAUUUAAUGCUUUUCGCGGCAGCGUGUGUCUUCGUGCUGCAGUCGUCCUGUUUACAUGCGAAUUCGCCAUCGGCAGUGUUUGACAGCGUCCGUGCCUAGCACCGAUACCAUUGGCGGCUCGGGAACAACGUCGGACGUUUAUGCGUGUAUCCCAUUGGAGUCGAUGCGUCUGUAGGUUGGCAAAGACGAACAUUAAUCCACAACAGUAUCAAGACAAUUUCUGACGUUUAUUUUUGUGUCUACACCUAACUGCCCCUAUCCGGCUAUUCUCAUCGGACGUAACCUAUAUAACACAAAUAUAGUCGCACUCCAGAUUCAGAACCGCGUCUGUUCAAUGUCCUCCUUUAUGACACUGUUGUGAUUAUGUGGAUCAAUCCGGAAGAUGUGUUGUUGGCGAGUGCUUUAUGGAUCACCGAACGGGCGAACCCCUACUUCAUCCUUCAGAAACGGAAGGGGCACGGGGAUGGAGGUGGAGGUUUGGCAGGUCUGCUGGUGGGAACUAUGGACGUGGUGUUGGACUCCAGCGCUAGAGUGGCUCCGUACCGGAUCCUCUACCAGACCCCAGACUCUCUGGUCUACUGGAUUAUCGCUCAUGGGACUUCCCGUAAGGAGAUCACGGAACACUGGGAGUGGCUGGAACACAAUCUGCUGCAGACGCUCUCCAUCUUCGAGAACGAGAACGACAUCACCACCUUCGUCAAAGGAAAAGUGCAGGGUAUCAUAGCGGAGUACAACAAGAACCAGGAGUUUAAAGAAGAUGACGACACAGACAAGUUCAAGGAGGCCAUCGCUAAGUUCCGCAAGCUGUUCGGCAUGCCUGAGGAGGAGAAGCUGGUCAACUACUACUCCUGCAGCUACUGGAAGGGCAAGGUGCCGCGCCAGGGCUGGCUCUACCUGAGCAUCAACCACGUGUGCUUCUACUCCUACCUGCUGGGCAAAGAGGCUAAGCUGGUGGUGCGGUGGGCGGACAUCACCCAGCUGGAUAAGAGCGCCACCUUGCUGCUGCCCGAGGUCAUCAGGGUGAGCACACGGGCGCGCCACCAUCUCUUCUCCGUCUUCCUCAACAUCAACGAGACCUUCCAGCUCGCCGAGCAGCUGGCCAACAUCGCCAUGCGGCAGUUGCUGGACAACAAGGGCUUUGAGCAGGACCGCUCGCUGCCCAAGCUCAAGAGGAAGUCCCCCCAGAAGGUGUCCGCCCUCAAGAGGGACUUGGAUGCCAGAGCCAAGAGCGAGCGCUACCGUGCAUUGUUUCGCCUGCCGAAGGAUGAGAAGCUGGACGGACACACGGACUGCACUCUCUGGACGCCCUUCAACAAGAGACACAUCCUGGGCCAGAUGUUCGUCUCCACCAACUACAUCUGCUUCAACGGCAAGGAGGAGACUGUGUGCAGCCUCAUCAUUCCCCUUCGUGAGGUGACCAUUGUGGAGAAGGCGGACAGCUCCAACGUUCUGCCCAGCCCGCUGUCCAUCAGCACCAAGAACCGCAUGACCUUCCUGUUCGCCAACCUCAAGGACCGGGACUUCCUGGUCCAGAGGAUCUCGGACUUCCUGCAGCAGACCACGUCCAAGAUCUACCUGGAACGGGAGCCCACCGGAAGCCUGACCAGCUCCGACGACGAGGUGAGCUCCCAGCUGGGGUCUCUGCUGUCCUGCAGCCCCCCGCGCAGCAGCCUGGGCUCAGACGGCGAGCGGCAGUUCAACCUCAACGACAGCAGCGUGCCCACCGCCACGCAGGCCCUCAUGACCAUGUACCGCCGGCGCUCCCCCGAGGAGUUCAACCCCAAGCUGGCUAAGGAGUUCCUGAAGGAGCAGGCGUGGAAGAACCACCUGACGGAGUACGGCCAGGGCGUGUGCAUGUACCGCACGGAGAAGACCAAGGACCUGGUGCUGCAGGGCAUCCCGGAGAACAUGAGAGGGGAGCUCUGGCUGCUCUUCUCCGGGGCGAUCAACGAGAUGGUGACCCACCCAGGGUACUACGAGGACCUGGUGGAGAAGUCAAUGGGCCAGUACAACCUGGCCACGGAGGAGAUCGAGAGGGACCUGCAUCGAUCGCUGCCCGAACACCCAGCCUUCCAGAACGAGAUGGGCAUCGCUGCCCUGCGCAGAGUCCUCACCGCCUAUGCCUUCAGAAACCCCAACAUAGGAUACUGCCAGGCUAUGAACAUCGUGACAUCGGUGCUGCUGCUCUAUGCCAAAGAAGAGGAGGCCUUCUGGCUGCUAGUGGCUCUGUGUGAGAGGAUGCUGCCUGACUACUACAACACCAGGGUCGUGGGAGCGCUGGUGGACCAGGGGGUGUUUGAGGAGCUGGCCCGGGAGUACGUGCCCCAGCUGUACGACUGCAUGCAGGACCUGGGCGUCAUCUCCACCAUCUCCCUGUCCUGGUUCCUCACGCUCUUCCUGUCCGUCAUGCCCUUCGAGAGCGCCGUGGUGGUGGUGGACUGCUUCUUCUAUGAGGGCAUCAAGGUCAUCUUCCAGCUUGCGCUGUCGGUGCUGCACGCCAACAUCCACCAGCUGCUGGGGUGCAAGGACGACGGCGAGGCCAUGACCGUGCUGGGCAGGUACUUGGACAGUGUGACCAACAAGGACAGCACCCUCCCACCCAUCCCCCACCUCCACUCCCUCCUCACAGACAAUGGUGAACCACACCCGGAGGUGGACAUCUUCAAGCUGGUCCGCAGCUCCUACGAGAAGUUUGGCUCUAUCCGUGCAGAUGUGAUUGAGCAGAUGCGUUUCAAACAGAGACUGAGAGUCAUCCAGACUAUUGAGGACACAACCAAGCGUAACGUGGUUCGUACUAUUGUGACGGAGACUCCCUUCGGUAUUGAUGAACUGGAGGAGCUUUUUGUGUUGUUCAAGACGGAGCACCUGACCAGCUGCUACUGGGGAGGGGGCACCAACCUGUCGGAGCGCCACGACCCCAGCCUGCCCUACCUGGAGCAGUACCGCAUCAACGUGGAGCAGUUCAGGGGCCUCUUCGUGCUGCUCUUCCCAUGGGCCAACGAGGCCCACUCUGACCCCCUGGCCGCACGAUUCUUCCGCCUGCUCGACCACAACGGAGACGCACUCAUUAACUUCCGCGAGUUCAUCAGCGGCCUGAGUGUUCUGUGCUAUGGGGACCUGACAGAUAAACUGAAGAUUCUGUAUAAGAUGCACGUUUUACCUGAUGUCAGCACUGACGAACCAGACUCUGCUUUUGAAGCCACCCAAUACUUCUUUGAAGACAUCACCCCAGAGACAUCAAUGGGUAACGACCGCAAGGGCAAGGAUGAUGGCUUUGUCAGAGUUACGUUCAAGACUGAAAAGGUGAAGAAACUGCAGACGUCAGAUUAUCGCCAUUAUCUGAAGAUAUGGAACCAGGAUUCCAAAUCCAAUCCAGAAUCCACAAAGAACCUACCCAAACUGAACCAGGGCCAGUUCAUUGAGCUGUGCAAGACGCUGUACAGCAUGUUUAGCGAGGACCUGGCGGAGCAGGAGCUGUACCACGCCACGGCCACCGUCACCAGCCUGCUGCUGGAGAUGGGCGAGGUGGGCAAGAUGUUCUGCUGCCCCGGACCCCGGAGCCAGGACCACGAGGACCGGGACCGGGACCGGGAGGGCUGUCCACCGCCAGACCGCCCCACAGCGGAUUGUUCCGCGCGCUCCCAGGAGCCCGCGGAGCCUGGGGCUUUCCAACAGACACGCCUGAACGAGACUUUGUUCACCGCCGACGCCGAUUCGGACGAGAGCAAGACGAGCAUGGAGAACAGGGACGGUGAAGAAGAAGAAGAACAGACGGCGCCGCUGCAGGACGUGAGGCUGGAGGAGGACCAGUCGUCGCCCAAAGAGGCGGGCACGCUGUCGUCGGCGGCGGCCAUGUUGACGUCGGACGACGAGACGAAGGACGACACGUCCGUCUCCUCCUACUCGGUGCUCAGUGCCGGCUCCCACGAGCUGGACGACAACAAGCUGCAGUGCGAGGACAUCGCCGACGACACUGUGCUGGUGCGUAGCCACGGCAACCACCAGGACGAUGACGACGACGACGACGACUCCGGAGGGGACGGAGGAGGAGGAGGAGGAGGCGGCAACGCGGAUCGGCGUUGCGACGACGGCGGGGAGCGUGGCGACAGAGGAAGCCUUCCCCACAGCACCAGCAUUGACAAGGACUGGGCCAUCACCUUCGAGCAGUUCCUGGCCUCGGUGCUCACGGAGCACGCGCUGGUCCAGUACUUUGAGAAGCCCGUGGACAUGCUGGCGAGGAUCACUAACGCCAAGAACAUGCGGAAAGUGGGGCGCACCUCACUGUCGUUCAGUGACUAUGAGAUCUCCCUCUCGGCCUGAUGCGGAACAAGAGAUAAAAAAAGACAAGGGUGACCGACCUGACACCUUCCCCCCCGCUCUGUCCCUCUCGCUCUCUUUGGGGAUAUUACGGUUCGGUCUUGUGCAGUGCAAAGACAAUGUGACCCUGGUUUGAUGGAAUCGGAAGCACAGAUUUACGAUACGAGAAUGAUUAUGUUACUGUUAACGCUGUGUGGUAUCAGAUAUAGAAGACUUUAAACAUUCGGUGCGUCGGCAAAGACUGGGUUUAACUGGAGAGGAAAUUAAUAUCCAACUGUAGUAUCUGUACUUUAUAAGAUAAUAGCAAAAACAUGAAUAUUGUUAUCUCCAGUCCACCUACUCGGCCAUAUAGAUGUUAACGGGUUUGAUUCAGUCUAGUUCCACACUGCAAUAUAGAUAUACAUACUUAAUACGUCACUUAAUAUAAAGUCUGGUAUACUGUUGUUUUAUUGAUAUCACAGUUCUAUUUGCUGCUAAAAAACUUUAAUUUUGCUAGUUUACUCACUGGUUAACUGUAUAGAUGAAGAGCUGCUCUUGAAAUUUUCCUGGACUGCUGAACAUGAUGAUCUCUUUCAGGACAGCAUACUCUACCAUUAGUUUCAGGAAGUGCUGCAUACAAUGGCUAUUAUAUUGGCCUGAAAAUUCCUCAAUACAUUUUGAGAUAUAGUUUUUAAUUUACAUUCUAUACAAAUCCACUUUUCUUUGCACAUAACUGGAAAGUGAUGUCUAAAAGAGUUGUCUUAGGAUUUCUUGUACUAUAUUGCCAAUGUCCAUGUUGCAAUUUAAAUAUUCUUACAGUUUUUAUCACCUGAUUGAUGACAUCAAGAAUACCUAAGGCAAUAUUGUUACAAAAAACGAUAAUGUUAUACUCUUAUACUAAAGAUUAUUAGCACCCGCACUUUCUUUGAAAUCAGGAAAAAGAGGAAUAAGAUAUAUCUUAAACAAGUUCAUCUUCCGGCAAGUUUUAUGAUGACCCAAAUGUUAUGUAAAUACCACAGAAUGGACGGACUGGUGUGUAUGAACUACUAAUAACCUUUAUCUGCAACCAUAGUUAUCAAGCUCUUGUCCGGUCGAUACACACAAACUGUACUUGAGUUUGUCUUAAAGGAUUUCCACUUUUCACUCUAUUGUGUUUGCUAUGCAGUUUUUUUUAUUUUUGAAGGACUUUUAACUUUUUUUCUCCUUUUGCAUUUGACAUUUCUGUUUUUUUAUUGUAACCUUUUUUUAUUAAGUCAUGUUGUAUUUUAAGUAUCCAAAUGCACAUAUUCUUUUUAUGAUUCUGAGGUAUUAUGUACUAUGUGUACUACUACUAAUUAAAAUUAUAAUAUGACAAUAUA